AUGACAGUCAUCGACCCCAAGAGCCAGCAAGCGCUGGCAAACGGAACAAGCAAGCCAAACGCCAGGCUAGACGAAGACGACCUCGCCGUCCUAGCUCUACGCAAUUUCAUCUUCGACAUAUGCAACCAAAACGGCGGCGGUCAUGGUGGUUCUGCCAUUGGAAUGGCGGCCAUCGGCGUUGCUCUGUACAAGUAUGUGAUGCGAUACAACCCCUCGAACCCAGAGUGGUUUGACCGCGAUCGCUUUGUUCUUUCAAAUGGGCACACUGCUAUGUUCCUAUACGCCCUGAACCAUCUCACCGGCUUCGACGACUGGACUAUGGAUGAAAUAAAGGGAUACGGUAGUGCAAAGACAAACGGAUACAAGACUAUAUGCCACGCCCAUCCUGAGAUUGAGGUCCCGGGUGUUGAAGUCACAACUGGGCCUCUGGGCCAGGGUAUUGCCAACGCUGUUGGCCUAGCCAUUGCGUCUAAGAACAUGCAAGCCAAGUUCAACCGGCCAAGUUUUGAUCUGCUCCAGUCUCGGGUCUACUGCAUGACCGGAGAUGGAUGUCUCAUGGAAGGAGUGGCACUCGAGGCCAUUUCACUAGCUGGUAAUCUGGAACUCGACAAUCUGGUGUUGAUCUAUGACAACAACCAGGUUACGUGCGAUGGUCCGCUCGACUGGAUCAACACUGAGGAUGUCAACGCAAAGAUGCGCGCGAGUGGAUGGCAUGUUAUCGAAGUCGACGACGGGUCUUAUGAUGUUCAAAGAAUCGUGACCACACUGCAAUAUGCAAAGACAUUGACCAAAAAGCCCAUAUUCGUCAAUAUCCGCACGGUAAUUGGCCUCGGGACGGAUGUCGCGGGCACUUAUAAAGCGCACCACGGAGCUAUUGACAAAGCCAGCAUUGAGGCUUCAAAACGUCUUGCAGGUCAAGACCCUGCUGUAACGCACCAUAUUCCUCCACAGCAACUGGAAUACUUCAGGGAGCGAAAGGCCCAUGGCGAGAAAUUAGAGCACGCCUGGAAUUCUCUGGUUAACGAUUACGGAACUCAGUACCCAGAUUUGCUACAGGAGUUCAACACUCGUCGCACUGCUUCUUAUGGGACGGAAUGGCUCCAGGCCCUCAAUGAUCUGGACUCAAAACAAUUCAAAGGAAUGGCGACUCGAGAGGUUAAUGGCGUUGUGAUUGAGAAGCUCUGGGCCCAGUAUCCAGCCCUAUGCGGGGGCGGUGCAGACCUUGUCAACUCCAACAAAGUCCCCUAUGCCGAUAAAGACGUAUUCCACCCUUCUGUUGGAUAUACUGGUCGUUAUAUCCGGAAUGGAAUUCGGGAACACGCAAUGGCCGCUGUGGCAAAUGGGCUGGCAGCGUACAACCCAGGAACAUUCCUCCCAUUGACUGCCACAUUCCUGAUGUUCUACCUUUACGCAGCACCUGGUGUCCGAAUGGGCGCACUCAGCCAUCUCCCAGUCAUCCACUGCGCAACCCACGAUUCCUUCGCCGAAGGUCAAAACGGCCAAACACAUCAGCCUGUCGAAGUUGACUCGCUAUACCGCGCAAUGCCUAAUCUGACAUACAUCCGCCCUUGCGACGCCGAAGAGACCAUUGGAGCGUGGAUACUUGCCAUGUCCAAGCGCACCGGACCAACAAUGCUAUCUCUCGGCCGGGAUCCCGUCGGGCCCGUCCCCAGAACAGAUCGGUUCAAGGUUGCAAAGGGCGCAUAUGUGGUGAUAGAGUCUGAAAGUGCAAAACUAACUCUCGUCAGCUGUGGAACAAAUCUCCACUACGCUGUUGCAGCAGCCGAGUCCCUUACUGCCUCGGGAAUUACUACCCGCGUGGUGAGCGCGCCUAGCUUUGAGCACUUCGACCAGCAGGACAGAAAGUAUCAAGCGAGUGUUUUCCCGCUGGAUGACACACCGGUUGUCAGUGUCGAGGAGUACGUGGCAACUACCUGGGCGCGGUAUACUACAGCUAGCAUUGGAAUGACGGGCUAUGGCUACUCGGCUUCCAACCCUAGCAACUAUGACCGGUUUGGGCUGGAUGCAAAGGGAAUUGAACGAAGGGUGCGUAAGUAUCUGGAGGAACUGAACGGCGGGAAUGCGAGAAUGGCGGGAUGGAGACAGCUUUGA